AUCAGCUGUAGUCUAAAAAUGCUUUACAAGAGCUUGGAGAUGCAGCGUUAGGAUCUUAAAGACUAUCCGCCUGCAUCCAGCCCUCCCCUGCCAUGUGGUGCAGUAGUGGGGUAGCAUGCUCCCAGGAGUCCGAGUGAGAGCCUUCUAAAGCUCCGAAUGAACCUGAAGAUAAUCAGGGCUCCAGCACUUCAGAAGGUGCUCCUUUUCAAAGGUCUCAGCACCCUCAUGCUACCUCCUGCCGGCACUUCCAUCUGGGCCCCCAACCUCAGAUCUCAGCUGACUUCCCGCUCCCUCACCCUGUCCAGCCACAGCCAGGGCUGAACCCUCACAUGGCGACAGCUCACCAGCAUAACGGCCCGUUACACCAGCCCCUACCACCUCUGCCAGCCCUGCCGUUUCAGGAUGUGACAGGACCCUCCUUCCUACCUCAGGCGCUACACCAGCAAUACCUCCUCCAGCAGCAGCUCCUCGAGGCCCAGCACCGCAGGCUCAUGCCUCAUCCCAGGCGGACUCAGGAGCGCAUGUCUGUUCAACCUCAUCGGUUACACCCAGGCUUUGACUUCGGCCAUCAACUGCAAACUCCUCAACCCAUGGGACCCCAGCCCAGGUAUCUAGCUGAAGGCACAGACUGGGAUCUUAGUGUUGAUGCUGGACUGACGCACGCCCAGUUCCAGGUCAGGCCAGUUCCUCAGCACUAUCAACAUUAUUUAGCUACGUCUAGAAUGCACCAUUUCCCCAGAAACGCAUCCUCAACGCAGAUGGUUGUCCAUGAAAUCAGAAACUACCCUUAUCCUCAGCUUCAGUUACUUGCUCUUCAGGGACUGAAUCCAAACAGGCACACGUCUGCCGUAAGGGAAAGUUAUGAAGAGCUGCUGCAGCUGGAAGACAGAUUAGGCAGCGUGAACCGGGGAGCUGUGCAGAACACCAUCGAGAGGUUCACUUUCCCACACAAGUACAAAAAGAGAAGACCACAGGAAGAAAAAGCUGAGAAGGAGGAUGGGGAGGAGUCGGACACCGAUGAGAAAUGCACAAUCUGUCUGUCUAUGCUUGAAGACGGAGAAGACGUGAGGCGUUUACCUUGUAUGCAUCUAUUUCACCAAGUGUGUGUGGAUCAGUGGCUAGCAACCAGCAAGAAGUGCCCGAUCUGCAGAGUGGACAUUGAAACACAACUUGGCUCUGACAGCUGAAAGAACCAAUGCGGUGCACCAUUUUCCUUACCAGAUUCCUUAUUUUGGUGCCUGACUGAAAUGUGGCAGAGGAAAAAAAGAAAAAAAAGUUAAAUCUUCCCACCUUUAGGAAAAAAAAAAAAGAGGUGAAAUAGCAAAUUCCUGUUUACAGUUAGAAGGAUCGUGCUCUUUGCCUCGUCUGCGUUUAUUUCUUUGAUUAUGUUUACAGUGUGUUGCUAAUUUAGAGAAGCCUAAAAAAAAAAUCGGAAUGAAAUGAACAAAAUGAUAGAGAGAAGUUUUGUUCUUGCUUAUCUGCUGGUGCUGGACACUUUAUAUAAGGCAGGAUCCUGGGACUGACUCUGCUUCUCUUGCUUUCAUAGCUUAACGAUGUACUUUGGGGCGCAGCAUCCAAGGAGGGCCACUCGGUUUCUAUUAUUGUAAUUUUUCCUACCACUGUCUCAUCUUCCAGUGCAAUUGCAAUGGCUCCUGCAAUCUGUGCGGCCCAUUGAUGUCAAUGGGAGCUGCAGGUGGUUCCGCAUUUCUCCAGACCAGGCCCAGAAUUCCCCAGCGGAAGUUGUAUCAGAUGCUAACCUGACACCACACUUGUGGUGAAAGAUCCAUUGUCUGCCUGCUGGAGAAAGAGAACCUAUUAAGCUGGUCAUAGUCGUUAGAUCCUGCAAGAGUUUUUUGGAGGACUAAUUGGCCCGGAAAUAUGCUUGCAAUGUGAUGAGAAAUGCAUUCUUCCUUCUCUCAGAAACAAAAGCACAAACCAUAUUUUCUGCUAAAGCAGGUACCCAGAAGGGGAAAAAUUGAACACAACUAACAUGCCCUUCUUACAAUUAAAUUCCUAAUCUCGUGGUCUUCUUUGGCUAGCAGACUAAGAAAUUUCAAGUGAUCUAAUUAAAUGCUCUGGAGCUGUGCUGCCAUCUAACCUCCUUUUCAGGCUCCCGGAGGCAAAGGAGAAAAGGGAUUGACUCAAGUUGCAUCCUGCACUAAAUUUCUUUCUGCUGCUCUUUCCUUUUGCGAUUUACAUGAAAUAGCAGCUUUUGUAGCUUAGAAAGUAAGAAUGAGAGAGGAGAUUACAGCUCAGGUGGAAUUCUGCAGGUUUUUAAGAAAUCCACUUUUUUCUUCAUACCUUGCUGUGGAAAAUCUCAGAUUGUUGUUCUGAUGACAAGAUGCAGGGGAGAAUAGCAGGAUAGUUCAGUCAUGUUGUACAUAAGAAAUUGCUGAAAAUGUGAAAAUUUCAGUACAGGAUGGGAAUUUAGAUGUCUGGGAUAAUUUACUACUUGCUCUGAAUUUUAAACUAUAAAUGUGUAUGUGUGUACAUCUAUAAAAACACACCUAUAUAAUAUAUAUAAACUGUGUGAGCUCUGAAAUAAAAUGGACGCUAAUUUGGCAGGCUCCAUUAUAAUUAGGAGCAAAAUAAAGAUUAGCAGUAAUCAACGAAGUGCCAAAAAUAAUGGAGCUUUCUGAGCCACAUUCCAUUUGAAAUAAAUAUUUCAGAUUAUUUGCCACGAGAGACAUUGAAUUAAGUGCAUGUUGACUCUUUACUCAGUCUUCUUUAUCUGACAGCUCUCGGGAGGAUUGGAAUCAACAGCCAAGAUUCUCUAGGCUUUUAAUACAUUUUUCAUGUACUAGGGGAGCAAAGAAGUAUCUAGAGGAUUUUUAAUCAGAAACAUAUAUUUAAGAUACUUAUAUGGAGGAUGAUUUCUCGUUCCCAUGAGUGCCUGUUUCGUAGGAGCUAAGUAAUGUUUUGUAAGUGGAGAUGAACAUAAAUUACCCUUGGAGAGAUCAUAGAAUUCCUGCGAGCUGUAAUUGGAAAAUGCUGACCUCCCAGACGCCCAUGAUCUAUUUUUUCCAGUCUGGCGAAUAAAGUUAACGAUAGGGCCAGGACGAGCGACUGCAUCAGCACUGGCACAGGAGAAGCUCUCCAAUUCACUUCAGUAAUUUUGCCCAGGGUCGCCAUCUCUUCAGCAGAUUUGUCUUGCUAGACACAGGUAGUGGCGUGGGGAGGGGGAAGAUAAUAACUUACAAUGGCAGGUGAAGAAGAUGCAAUCUAUAAAUAUUUAUUUAUAACUGCUGUUCUCGUCCUGUAUGUGCGGGUGAUGAGAACAGUGUCGGGAGGGGGACGAGAUAACCGGGGCAGGUAACCGCUCCUGCAAAACUCCGCUCUGAAAAAUUCUAGCACUGUUUAAUUUUGCCUCAAGAUGACAUUAGACACGUGUGGUCGUUUCUACUUUAUCUUGUUGAACAUGAUGGUCUUAGCCCUUAGACUCGAAGGGCCAAGUGCCUUGGGCAAUAAAUAGCCUGGGCCUCACUCCAGCAGCAGCAGAUUCAUACAUCAUUAAAAAAUAAUAUAACCGAGCAAAACAAGACGUUGCUCUUUAGAUGCACUGUAACCCAUCAUGCGUUAUAGCCUGGUCCUGCCAGUGCCAAGCUUAUCCUGGGAGGGGCUGAGGAUCCUCUAAUGAAGUGAAUGGGAAUUACAGCUACUCAGCACCUUGCAGGUGGUGCUCAGAACCUUUCGAGACUGGGGUCUUGCUUGGAAUGAACUAUUCAGUGGGAAGGAAGUGAGCUCUUCCGACCCCUGUGUUUUACGUCUAUGCGAAAGUAUUAUUAUUUGCCUAAUGAACAAGCACAGUUUUUAAACCAGUGAAGAAAGCACCAAACUUCCAUGGUCUGUGUGAGUGAGUGAUACAGUGGCACGCGAGCGCUUGUAACGUCUGAAAUUUGCAUUUGGUGUGUCAGGUUCCCUUGUCUUUAAAUAGCUUGUAUGAGUAGAAUGAGCUAAUAGAGUGAUUUUUUUCAAAACAAAACAAAACAAAUCUCUAGAAACAAAACAUAGUUUACAGGGUUUUGUGAGUUUAAAUGCCUUAUAUUUAACAAUCAUAAUUUAUGACUAACUUGUAGAUAUUGUGGGUUCUUAUUU